GCCAGGGCGGGGCUCUUCACCGGGUCCGGCAGCUGAAGCUCGGCGCUCGGGUUACCCCUGCAGCGACGCCCCCUGGUCCCGCCGCUGUCGCCACCGCCGCUCCCGCCCCUCAGCUCCUCGGCCGCGCCAUGGGCACCCGCGACGACGAGUACGACUACCUCUUUAAAGUUGUCCUUAUUGGAGAUUCUGGUGUUGGAAAGAGUAACCUUCUGUCUCGAUUUACUCGGAAUGAGUUCAAUCUGGAAAGCAAGAGUACCAUUGGAGUAGAGUUUGCAACAAGAAGCAUCCAGGUUGAUGGGAAAACAAUAAAGGCGCAGAUAUGGGACACAGCAGGGCAGGAGCGGUACAGGGCCAUAACAUCUGCAUACUAUCGUGGAGCAGUAGGCGCUUUACUGGUUUAUGACAUUGCUAAGCAUCUCACAUAUGAAAAUGUAGAGCGAUGGCUGAAAGAACUGAGAGACCAUGCUGAUAGCAACAUUGUUAUCAUGCUUGUGGGUAAUAAGAGUGAUUUACGCCACCUCAGGGCAGUUCCUACAGAUGAAGCAAGAGCUUUUGCAGAGAAGAAUGGUUUGUCGUUCAUUGAGACAUCUGCUCUAGAUUCUACAAAUGUUGAAGCUGCUUUUCAGACAAUUCUAACAGAGAUAUACCGCAUUGUUUCUCAGAAGCAAAUGUCAGACAGACGUGAAAAUGACAUGUCUCCAAGCAACAAUGUGGUUCCUAUUCAUGUCCCACCUACCACUGAAAACAAGCCAAAGGUGCAGUGCUGUCAGAACAUCUAAGGCGUCUCUCUUCCCCUAGAAGGCUGUGUAUAGUCCAUUUCCCAGGUCUGAGAUUUAAAUAUAUUUGUAAUUCUUGUGGUCACUUUCUGUGUUUAUUAUUUCCUCACACUUAAGAAUCUUCUCAUGUCUUGAGUCUUUUGAUUUUGGCUUUAUAAAAUCAUAAACUUUGUGUUGGAUGACUGCAGUUCUUUUUCAUGCUAUGGCUUCUCUAGCCUUAGUUUAAUAAACUGAAUGUUUGAAUUCCUCA